AUGGAUGGCGCCUACUUGUCUGCGAGAAGUGACCCGGUGAACCAAAGCGAUGAUCCGCGAAUCGGCAGCUCGCGCGACAACUCGUCGUCGGCGACGGUGACGGGCAUCAGCUCAGGCUCCAACUCGGCCUCCGUCUCCGCCCUGUUCACCACCCUCAUUCCCGUCGCCAUCUACGUCGGCGUGUGUCUGCUCAUUUUCCUGCUCCUGCGUCGGAAGUGUCCUCGCGUCUACGCCCCGCGUACCUUUCUUUCGAGUCUGCACCCGUACGAGCGCUCUCCUCCGCUGCCCGGAACGUGGUUCACCUGGUUCAAGGCGUUCUGGUGCCUGCCCGACACCUACGUCCUGAACCACUCGUCCGUCGAUGGAUUUCUGUUCCUGCGCUUCCUCCGCGUUGUGCGCAACCUCUGUCUGGCCGGCUGCUGUCUGACCUGGCCCAUUCUGCUGCCCUUGCACAUCUGCGGCGGCGGCGGCGGCGAGCAGCUGGAUCGUCUGACCUUUGGCAACGUUAGCGACGACCACAGGCGCUGGUUCUUCGCCCACGCCGUCGUCGCUUGGCUCUUUUUCGGCAUCGUUCUGUACACUGUGUGCAGAGAGUGCAUCUACGCCAUCAAUCUGCGCCAAGCCUACCUGCUCAGCCCCUUCUACGCCGAUCGCCUCUCUUCCCGCACUGUUCUCUUCACCUGCGUGCCCGAGCAGCUGUUGGACGAAGCCAAGCUGCGCAAAGUCUUUGGGGACUCGGUGAAGAAUGUGUGGAUCCCAAAGACGUCAUGGGAGUUGGAACGCCUCGUCCGCGAGAGAGACCAAACAGCCUCCCGCCUCCAGGACGCCGAACUCGAGCUCGUCCGAAAGGCAAACAUUGCCUGGAAGAGAAUAGCGAAGAAUGGCCACCCCGACAUCCGUCAGCCAGACGUCGACCUCGAGAACGGUCCCGUCGAGCACCAGCGGACACACACUGCCACAACCACCACCACCAGUACCGAAAGUGCCGACGAGAAGCUCGACUCCGCCGGUGCAUUGGAGCCCGUCAAAUUCGGACUCGAAGGCCCUCCGUUCGAUAUCCCCGGCUCCAUCGCCGCCCAAUGGAUUCCCCAAGAAGACCGGCCCCGGCACCGGCCGUUGGCCAAUUACCUGCGCCGCGUCGACACCAUCAGGUGGACACGGAAGAGGCUGAAAAAGCUCGGCAAAGAGAUAAACAAGGUGCGGAAGCGGGUCAACCGCGGAGACGUGGGACACCCCAUGCCGGCAGCCUUCAUCGAAUUCACCUCGCAGAACGAGGCCCAGAUUGCCUACCAGUCGCUUGCUCAUCACCGGCCCUCGCACAUGUCACAGCGCUACAUCGGCGUCCGUCCGUACGAGAUCGUCUGGUUUUCCCUUCGUAUGCGCUGGUGGGAACGCAUCGUCCGCCGGACCGGCAUCAUGACCGCGACUGCUCUGAUGACUGUGUUUUGGUCCAUCCCUUGUGCCUUUGUCGGAAUGACGAGCAACAUCUCCUUCCUGGCCGACAGUGUGCCCUUUCUGAGCUGGAUCGAAUUGCUUCCCGACACCAUACUCGGCUUUCUGACCGGAUUGCUCCCGGCCUUUGCCCUGUCCAUGCUGAUGGCAAUUGUCCCUGGCAUCCUGCGAGUCUUCGCAAGAGCAGCUGGUGUGCCUUCGCUUACCCAUAUCGAAAUGUUCACUCAGCGCGCCUACUUUGGCUUCCAAGUCCUGCAAGUCUUUCUUGUCACAACCUUCACGUCCUCCGCAUCCGCGUCCAUUUCACAGAUCAUCAACGACCCAAUGUCAGCUCGGAGCCUGUUGGCUACGUGCCUUCCAAAGGCGUCCAACUUCUAUCUCUCCUACAUGAUCAUCCAAUGUCUCGGCAAAGGCGCGAGCGAUAUCGUCCAUCUUUCCGCCAUCUUCAAGUAUUACGUCGCUCAGCGCUUUGGCAGAAAUCCCAAGAUCAUGUACAGACGAUGGCACAGGAUGAGAAACGUCCAUUGGGGAGGCAUCAUGCCGGUGUUCAUCAACCUGGGCGUCAUCGCCAUCAGCUACUCGGUCAUUGCGCCGCUCAUCUUGGGCUUUACAGCUCUCGGAUGCUCCAUCAUGCACCUUGUGUUCAAGUACAACCUGCUUUAUGUUUACUCUUCCGAAAUCGAUACCCGAGGGCUUUCGUAUAUCCUGGCCCUCAAGCAAUUGCUCACCGGACUGUACCUGGCCGAGGUCUGCCUCCUAGGUCUCUUCGCUCUCCGGCUCUCUUUCGGACCGGUCGUGAUGAUGUUCAUCAGCAUAACCACCACCGCCGUCAUCCACAUCUCUCUCAACGAAGCCGUCGGCCCUCUGCUGGACAACCUUCCCCGCUCACUCUCGGGCGGCAAAUCCGCCAAUCAGCCACCCGGCGACGACAACGCAGCCGAUUCCGAUUCUCUCCUCCACCCUGGUUUUGGAGACUUGCCAUUCGAGUACCCCACUUUCGAACCUCCCGACCUUGACCCAGACCCUCCCGCCGAAGAAACGAUCCACGUCGAGAACGGCACUCGCUCGCUCGACACCGUCUCCCGAGCGCCGUCUUCCAACGCACCCAAAAAACCCUCCAAAGACGACUACGACGACUCGGACUCGGACUCCUCUUCCGACUCCGACACACCAUCCAUCCGCCGCCGCCGCCGCAACCACCAUAACGACGCCAACCCCCGCGCCCUCGAAGGCGCCGAAGGCCUCGCGGCCACAACCUUCGACCUUCUCAAACUCCUCGCACGCGUGCACUUCAACCCGGACAAAGUCCCCGACACGAACCCAGACCAAUCCAACUCAUCGCCGCAGGACCAGCAGCGACAGCAACAGCAACAAAAACAGCCCGCCUCGCAAGCCUCCAAAACCGCGCGCGACGCCCUCGCCACCAUCUCGGACGCCUCCUCCCUCCUCGCGACGCUCAUCUCGCCGCCGCCGCCGCCGCCGCCCCCGUCGCACGGCGGCCCGCCGCUCGGCCUCGCCGACGCCCUCAAGCACCGCGCGCUCGCCUUUUUGCACCCGGAGGUGUACGACGACUUUGCGCGGCUGCAGGCGCUGCUGCUGGCGCCCGAGGCCGACGCCGUGCCCGACGUGUCGGGCGUGGCGGAGCUGGACGUACACGGCGCCGGCGGGGGCGGGGACGAGGGCGAGGGCGAGGGCGAGAUGGGAGGAGAAGAAGGACAAGGAGAAAGAGAAAGACAAGGAGAAGCAGGGAAAAAGCAGCAACGGCAAAACCUCCUCCUCCUCCAACACUUCCUCCGCGACGCGUACGCCUCGCCCGCCAUGAUCAGCGGCGCCCCCCGCGUGUGGGUGCCCGACGACACGCUAGUUGCUGCCGGCGCGGGCUGCAGCGCGCAGGAGACGGCGCAUUGCGGCAAGGUGACGGGGGUGGUGGGGCAGCCGGGCGCGGCGACGCUGACCACCACGGCGGUGAGGGGGAGGGAGAGGGGAGGAAGAAGUACCGGGGCCGGGUGUCGGGUGAGUGUGGAUUUGGACGCCGAGUGGGAGGAGUUGAUCGGGGAGACGGGGGACAAGGGGGGCGGGGGCGGCAAGGUGUGGAUGAGGGAUGGGGAGCUGGAUUGGGGGAGGUGGCGGUGGUGGUGA